AUGCAAAUUUUCGUCAAAACCUUAACUGGCAAAACUAUUACACUUGAAGUUGAACCAAGUGAUACGAUUGAAAACGUUAAAGCUAAGAUCCAAGAUAAAGAAGGUAUUCCACCUGAUCAACAACGAUUAAUUUUUGCUGGCAAACAACUUGAAGAUGGUCGUACACUCAGUGACUACAACAUUCAAAAAGAAAGUACACUUCACUUAGUUCUUCGACUUCGUGGUGGUAUGCAAAUAUUCGUUAAAACACUUACUGGAAAAACAAUAACACUUGAAGUUGAACCAAGUGAUACGAUUGAAAACGUUAAAGCUAAGAUUCAAGAUAAAGAAGGUAUUCCACCAGAUCAACAACGAUUAAUUUUUGCCGGUAAACAACUUGAAGAUGGUCGUACACUCAGUGACUACAACAUUCAAAAAGAAAGCACACUUCAUCUUGUACUUCGUCUACGUGGUGGUAUGCAAAUUUUCGUCAAAACCUUAACUGGCAAAACUAUUACACUUGAAGUUGAACCAAGUGAUACGAUCGAAAAUGUCAAAGCAAAAAUUCAAGAUAAAGAAGGUAUUCCACCUGAUCAACAACGAUUAAUUUUUGCCGGUAAACAACUUGAAGAUGGUCGCACACUUAGUGAUUACAAUAUCCAAAAAGAAAGUACACUUCAUCUUGUACUUCGUUUACGUGGUGGUAUGCAAAUAUUCGUUAAAACACUUACUGGAAAAACAAUAACACUCGAAGUUGAACCAAGUGAUACUAUCGAAAACGUGAAAGCAAAAAUUCAAGAUAAAGAAGGUAUUCCACCUGAUCAACAACGACUUAUCUUUGCUGGCAAACAACUUGAAGAUGGUCGAACACUUAGUGAUUAUAAUAUUCAAAAAGAAAGUACUCUUCAUCUUGUACUUCGUUUACGUGGUGGUAUGCAAAUAUUUGUUAAAACACUUACGGGCAAAACAAUAACACUCGAAGUUGAACCAAGUGAUACAAUUGAAAAUGUCAAAGCAAAAAUUCAAGAUAAAGAAGGUAUUCCACCUGAUCAACAACGAUUAAUUUUUGCCGGUAAACAACUUGAAGAUGGUCGCACACUUAGCGAUUACAAUAUCCAAAAGGAAAGUACACUUCAUCUUGUACUUCGACUUCGUGGUGGUGACAUGCAAUAA